AUGAACAAGUUUCGCUUUGGCGACUCCGACGAGUCGGCCUCCGAUCUCGACGACGAUACAGCCGGCCUUCCUUUCCCUGAACCGUUGUCUCGCGCUUCUUUUCUCGCUCCUGAUUUCGACCCGGCGCAAUACCUAUCCUCCUUGACCAACCGACACCAGAGUCUGGAGGACCUGCGACAGGAACUGCGGGAGUUGGAUCAAUCGCUGAGCAGGGAGCUGUUGGAUUUGGUCAACGAGAACUACCAGGAUUUCCUAUCAUUAGGAACCGCUUUGCAUGGAGGGGAAGAGAAGGUCGAACAGGUCCGGGUUGGUCUGUUGGCAUUCCAGAGAGACGUGCAGGUUAUUCGGGAUAAAGUAGAGGCUAGGCAUCAAGAAGUCGCACAACUGAUCGCCGAGAAGAAACGACUGAAAGGAAGCACCAACGUUGCCCGGGGAUUGCUGGAUUUCGCCGAUCGAGUCGAGGAGCUGGAAAGGAGGCUGAUGAUCGGAGGUACUUCCGCAGAAGAUGAGGACUCCGAUAUGCUGGAAAGUGAGAGCGACGAAACCGAUGACGAUGAGGAGCUCUCCAACGGUGCAUCGACCACCCCACUGGUCUCUCUCAAGCGACUCGAACAUCAUAUCCAGAAAUUUGUCUAUCUGACGAGGCUGUCAUCCCGGAUCGGAGACGAGCAUCCGUUUCUACUCGCGCAACAACCGCGCCUGACCAAAAUCAAGUCGGCCGUGCUCCUAGACCUCAAAACUGCCCUCGAGCAAGCAAACCAUGCUGGAGAGAAACGAGAUACAAAAACGCUGGUCGUGUUGCGUCUCUACAAGCUCAUGGGGGAGGAUACCAGCGCCGUCACGGCGCUGAAGAGUCUGAAAUUAUAA